AUGAGAUAAACAACAAUUAAUCAAACAUCUCAGUUUAAUCGAUAACAGAACACAUACACUUUCACACAUAAAUGAUACGAAUUCCCUAAAUCUAUUGCAAAGCAAGCAAAUCACGGUUUAAAUACAUGCAAACCUCAUCUAAAGUAGAUCGCAAACAUAAACCAAAUACAUGCAAAUCAUAUGGAAGAGGAACACAUACCCUUUCACCUUCGAAUCGCAGAGAGAUGCCUCGGGAGGAGAUCCGUAAAGAGGAGACGAUUUGGGAGGAGAUUCGUCGAGAGGAGACGACAAGGGAGGAGAUCUGUCGACGGAAACUACUUGGGAGGAGAUUCGUCGACGGGAUAACGGUCACGAAGGAGAUGCGCUGUUGUCGGCAAAAUCGCCCUUUCGAUCGCCGGCAGAGAGAACAAGAGAGAGACGAGAAAUGUCGAACAAGACAGAAACGAGAACAAGAGAGAAAAACGUUCAACCAUUCCCUUGCCGACACGUAGCACCUAAGGACAAAAAAAAAUAUGUUAACUAAGGACGAAACGGACGCGUCCCUGCGUUUUUUCUGCAAUUUUGAUUUAAAUAAAAUCUUUUAAUCCCUAAGGACUUAUACUAACGACCCCGAUAAUGUUGCCCUAAAAGGCUGCAAAAGAUUCUUCUGGUUCUUCUGAUGACAAGUCUAGUUAAUACGUGUCUGGUUUGAAAAGUAUUAUUGAGCAAUAACGUUCACCGCAAAGCAGAAAACACAUAUUUGUUAAGCUGUGAAAUAGAUCACAUAUGUGACUAUGUGAGUGAUUAUAUGGACAUACUUGAUAUUUGCAGACGUAUAUUACAUGUGACUAUGUGAGUAAGUUUACUACAACAUUAGACUUACUAAAAUGACAAAGUUGUGAUGUUGAUAUCAUGUUCAUGUACCACUAAGUUUUGAGAUCUUUAGAAGCUUAUUCUAGAUAAAGAUCCACUCCUAAGGUCACGGUGGAGACUAGCUAUAAGGAGUGGUUGUACAUGGACCACAGGCCACUUCAAUUGAUGAUGAAUCAAAAAUUUCCAGGAUUCACUUCUGGUUUUGUGUGGUUUAAGAGAUCCCACUCCAGUAUGUAUGAGUCUCUUUUUAAGCUGCUGACAAAAAAAAAAAAAAAAGAUCACACUCCAUCUCAUGUGUAGAACAUAACUCACAUGGGCUUUGUUAGUUUGCUGAUUUUACAACACCAAAAACAAACAUAGUUUUUUUCACGAUCGGUCAAGGGGCUUUGUUUUCUUUUUGUUCAGUAAUACUAAUACAAUAAAAACUCUAUAAAUUAAUACUCUAUAAAUAAAUAAUCAUUAUAAAUUAAUAAAAUUUUCUGGUUCUGAGUUGGAUCGGUUCAAAAUAUGACACAAAAUCGAUAAGAUAAUAAGAUAAUAAUAUUUUUUAAAAUACUAUGUAAAUAUGGUCCCGUUGAAAUUAUAAAAUAAUAAUUUUGUAUAUAUACAAUUAAAAUAAGUACAAACAAAUAAUUUUAAAAUAUAAUUAUCUCUAUAUUUUUCUUAAUAUUUCAUUAUAUUUUGCGUAUAUUUAGUAAAAUUAUAUCUAAACCACAUUUAAAUUUUAUAAAACAUACUUUAUAUAUAUCAAAUAAUACAGUAAAAAUAACUUGAAAAUCGAAUUUCAAAAAUUUAGUUAGUGUAUAUAUAGUAAAACCAAUUAUUUUGUUUUCUUUAUAAAAAAUAUAUUCUAAAAUAAAAAAAAUUAGAAUUUUUUUUUUGUAGAUUAAUAACUCUAUAAAAUAAUAAAAUAUUAUACUCGCAACAUUAUUAAUUUAUAGAGUUUUUUACUGUAGUUAAUGUUUUAAUUAUGAAUUAAUAUAUGUUUAUUGGUAUUCACCUCCCCUUGUGUUUAAGGAAAUGUCCCUGGAGAUAUAAAGUUAAUUAUAAUUAUUGUGAUUUGAAUAGUACAAAAAGAAAAAGAGAGAAAGGAAGAGUAUAACUCAAUAGUCAAAGUUCCUCUGUUUUAGCUGUCUUCUGUCUCGUUCUAAUCUCACAUGAACCAUACCUUUCUCUAACAUCACUCUCCCUUUUACACAACCUCCCAAAAAUAGACCUCUCCUUCUCUUCCUCUCCGUUACAUUCUUCGCUCACCACCAAAAAGCCUCUCUCACUUUCUUUCCUUUUCUCUUUCAUUUACUUACAGUAAUAACCUUCUCUGUUUUCCCCCAAUGGAACAACAACAACUACUGACUCCCGACCUCCUCCUUGUCGCCGGUAACUCCGACUCUUUCGUCGUCGACGACCUUCUUGAUUUUUCUAACGACAACGGCCAACCUGACGACGGGUUUGAACCAUUUCCUGACUCUUCCACCGUCUCCGCCGGUAAUCUCGCCGUUAGCUCCAACUCCUCGUCGCUUUACACCGACGGCAGUGCGUUUUCCGACGACCUCUGUGUUCCGUGUGAAGAUUUAGCUGAACUAGAAUGGCUAUCCAACUUCGUGGAAGAAUCAUUCUCAAAAGAAGACCAAGACAAGCUCCAGUUACUAUCCGGCAGCUUACAGAAACCCCAAACCACCGGGCUAACCCAAACCCACCAACCUGAACCAGACCUGGAUCAAAUCUUUAUUCUCACUGACACCGAUGACUCCAACGUCUCCGUUCCCGCCAAAGCGAGAAGCAAGAGGUCACGCUCUGCAGCCUCCACGUGGGCUUCCCGUCUUUUAGCCAUCGCCGGCUCCCACGAACCCUGUCCUAAGAAAAAACAUCACAAACUUAAAGAACACGACAGCUCCGGAGAAUAUGAAGUCGACGGCGGAGAAGCCGGAGUAGAGAGACGGUGUCUGCACUGCGCGACGGAUAAGACGCCGCAGUGGCGGACGGGACCGAUGGGACCAAAGACGCUGUGCAACGCGUGCGGCGUACGUUACAAAUCAGGGCGGCUCGUGCCGGAGUACAGACCGGCUUCGAGCCCGACGUUCGUGAUGGCGAGGCACUCGAACUCGCACCGGAAAGUGAUGGAGCUCCGGCGACAGAAGGAGGUGAGAGAUGAGCAUUUGCUGAGUCAGCUUCGGUGUGAGAAUCUCUUGAUGGAUAUUAGAUCCAAUGGUGACGAUUUCUUAAUCCGUAAUGAUAAUAACCACGUGGCUCCUGACUUUAGACACUUAAUCUGAUCGUGUAUUUCCACGUGGAUAAAUUCAGAAGAAUAAGUUCUUUUUAGGUUUUCCCGCUUUAUUUCUUGCUUUCUUAACAUGUUAGUUGGUUUUAUUUCCUGCAGAAUACUACUGAUAUUUUAAUAAAUUUUUAUAUUCUGUUCAAAAUAUAAAGCUCUAUAAAAGGUAAAAAAUUUACAAAAUAAUUAUAGACAGGGUAAAAAACGAGUUAAGAAAUCUUUUUUUUUAUAAGAAGAGUUAAGAAAUCAUCUCAAGUUCUGAACUAUGAUUUAAGUAUCAACUUGUUUCCACUUUAUAUAUUUUUAAAAUAAAGAAAUAGUCAUGAAAAUAAUUGAAACAAUCAAUCAAUGUCCAAAAUGUAUAAGUCCAAAUAGUUGUUACUCCUCUUCUCUUCCGUUGUUACUUUGUAUAAAAGUAUACACAUGUGUAUUUCUUUUGUAGUCUGUAGAUAUCAUCAUAUUGGUUACAAAGAAGAUCUAUACAAUUCAAUCUAAAAUUAUAUUCAGAAUAAACUUUGAGGUUCCAUGUUACAUAACAUGAUGGUUCUUUAGUGAACGAAAAAU